AUGAUUAAAGCUGGUCUAAUCGACCCCUUCUGGAAUCCGUUCAGAACUGGUACUGAAGUCAUGGUCAAAUCGGGCCAUGUUCAACCGCAUGGUUCAGUUAUCUGGCGCGUGACGAUCCAACCAACACUACCUAUCCGAGCAAUUACAUUGCCCGAGAUGGGGAGCUGUUGGUAUCAACUUGUGAUCCAAAUCUUUCAGCUGUGCGCCCGACCGGUACUCCUAGAACUACAGGCACACGGUAUCCUCCACGGGUGGGUGAUAUUCCAGAAGGGGUUUGAUUGGAAUAUAAUCUUGGGACAGAGGGCCAGCAGAUGGCGGGAGAUCGUGAAAAUUAUAUGCGAUGGACAGGAGAUCUGGUCGGAGAGGUGGUACAGAAGGGUAUCUGUGGCCCUGGCCCCAGAGGACAUCCAGAUAAAACGAGAUGAAACCAAAGCAUUCACUUGUUUAGUGGAGUGGCAGUUUUGGAGCAGUUUAUCUUGA